UGAACAUGUCAGAAAAAGACCUCAGCCAAGUACAACCCGCAGAUGAGGGUCUUUCCCUUGAGCAAAUCGACCCAGACGGGAAUGUCAUUCUUCUUGUUGAAGGUCGGAGUACAGCCCAGUUUCUUGUAUCAUCCAAGAUUCUUAGCAUGGCCUCGCCAAUGUUUGCAAAGUUAUUUGAUUCCAAUUUUUCUGAGGGUAUACAGGUGGCAUCCUCUAGUUGCCCGACAAUAUCCCUUCAUGAAGAUGAUACAGCAGCAAUGAGGACCAUCCUAAGAAUCCUUCAUUACCAGGACCCAACUCAGGACAAUCCCAUAACUGCAGAGGCGUUUGCAGUUCUCGCCAUUCAAUGCAAUAAAUAUGAUUGUAUCAGGGCUAUCUGUCCUUGGACUUUCAAAUGGUUUAGCGACCUUGAAGCUAUUAAGACAGCAGAGGAAUAUUGCUACCUUCUCCUUGCUGCGCAUUUCUUUCGCUCUGAAGAGCAGUUCCGCAAAAUAUCGGCGAGGGCUCAGGUCCAGCUUUCAUCUAGUUUCUGUGUUAAGUGGGAGACGCUGGAGAUUAUGGACCUUUUGCCUGAUGAUAUGAAAAACGAAUUGGUAGAUCGAAUCGAGAAUUUACUGAACGGAAUACACGCAGAGCUGCAGGCCGUGGAAGAUUUGCUAAGAAAGAGUCAAAAAUACUACAUAAUGGACGGCUUGGUAUGCCCGAAUUGCGCGAGAACUCAUCCAAGUGAAGCACGCAAGUGCCAUCCCUGCAAGAAUGGCGACCUAAUUACCAAGUACUGCAAUAGUGAUAGUCGAAUAGCAGAGUAUUUCGCAAUUUUGGGGAAAGCAAAUCUCUGGCCAUCCGUUGAGCCCUUCCAAUCCUGUUCUGCAACUGAAAUUGCAUUGCGUAUAUCGCAAUCAGCACAGAUCCUCAGGCACAGUUGUCAGGGACUCUGGUGCCCUCUCCAGUCAGAACUGAAUAUGCUAGUGAGGAAGGUUAAUGGGAUUAUUGGCAGUGUCAAAGGACUGGACCUGUACCCUCUUCAUCAGACCUCGCCUGGGGUCUGAGUUACAUGAUUGACAGAAUCACAUGUAUAAAUUGAGGAUAAUCUAUACUAGGCUUUCGAUGGUUCUGCACUUUUGAACUUCAAGCUGCCAAAAAAACUUCAACAUACUGUUUGUUCCUGAUACCGGAAACUGCUACAUCCACCCCCAAAGUCUUCAUUCAUUAUAACAAACACUACUUUGAGUUUUGAUGGUAAGGUUCCCGGUUAACUUUCAUGUGUUGCCACAAUUUUGAUAUGCUCAUCUGGGCUCUGAAGAAGCGUUUUGAAGCCCUUCUCCACGAGGUCUUCCAACGCAAUACGCCGUGUGACCAUGCGCUCCACCCCAGCAAACUUGCCUAUCUCAUAGUCAGC